UGUGCAACUCUGCAGAAGUCUUGUUUAUUUUCAGCAUACUUAGUAAAGUGUUGAAGUGGAACUCCGGUGUUUGCUCUCUAGGUGGUGGGUGCAUCUCUUGGGAGCGCUCCUGUCAUUGAUCACAUGGAGUGGUAGCAACAUUGUUGCGAAACUUUGACAAACAACUGCAAGCCUGAAGUCAACAGCUAAGACCCCUUUCUCUCUGUGCUUUACACUGCAGCACUCUUUCCCCUCCCUCCCCAUACACUCCCUUUGAUGUUCAGUGUCGCUAGACUACUAUUGCCCUGCCAGACGUGUUUGGGUUGACAUUUUAGUUAAAGGGAGGUUGCGUGAGAGUUUAUUGUUGUUUGAACUGUAUUGAUUUGGUACUAUUGACAUUUGGCCGAGAAGAGUUGACAUUUUAAGGCCUUUGUUUUGCCUAUGAACACCCCCCCCCGGGAGGCGGUAGUGAUGUGUAUGUACCUGGAGCUGGGGCAGGUCGAGCUGACAGGGAAGGUUGCCAUCGAGCUGGGGGCAGGCACUGGACUGGUGGGCAUCGUGGCAGCUCUUCUAGGUGCCAAAAAAGUGACCAUCACAGACCGUGAGCCUGCCUUGGGCUUCCUUGCAGCCAAUGUGAAAGAGAACAUUCCCCCGGAUCAGCUAGGAGCAGUGGAGGUCUCAGAACUGACCUGGGGCCAGGGAUUGGAGCGCUAUCCCACAGGAGGCUUUGACAUAGUGCUGGGAGCAGACAUUGUUUACCUGGAAGACACAUUUCCAUCAUUACUGCAAACGAUGGAACACCUCAGCUCAGAGAGUAGUGUAGUGCUACUGGCCUGCAAGAUCCGCUACGAGCGAGACACUAACUUCCUGAGCAUGCUGAAGCAGCGCUUCACAGUACACGAGGUGCACUAUGACAAGGAAAGAGACAUUCACAUCUACAAGGCUGUGAAGCUUCCAGCAAGGAGAGAUCUGUAGGAACCAGUGACUGAUGGGGGAUGUGAGGAGUUUGAAUCACAGUGGAUGGAUCAAUGUGCUGUCAAUCAUUGAUGGUUCAGGGAGCUACUACUCAUGAAUGGACAGCCAGUAAGAUGGUUCAUGGAGGAUGGUUUUGUUUCAUGCAGGGUUGUGUCCAGUAGGGAGAAAAUAUGGAGCUACAACCCAGCUACUAUGGGUGAUUGUAAAUGUCUUAAUUUCAUUCAUCCUUUUUUGAUUAAAUGGAUUUGAAAACAAA